CGACGACCCAUGAUAUUUUUGACACCUGCUCCGGGUCGUCGUGUAAGCAAUUGCAAUUCUAUUUUUUGCUUUUUUUCUAGCUAUGCUCUCGCUUUUGUUUCAACGAGAUUGAUUUUCAAUGAAGCGUUGCUGUGUGGCGUUUAUUUUCUUCUGCCGGCUACAACGUCAAGAAGUGUCGAGAAGCUGAUCGGCGAAAGCUUUUCCAUACAAACCGACGAAAGCGAACGGAGCUAAAAGCUAUCUCAGUGUUUAUCAACAAUCUUGAGGAGCUUGCGCUAGCGCCACUGUAGCUACGUACUAGCACGUUUGCGAUAUUAUUCUUGUUGCAGAAAGAACUAAAGAUAUCGAUUUUUUAUGCAGUUAAUUUGCAUUCAUCUUUUUGAAGUCAGAUCUAAAUAAAUUUGUCGAAAGAAGAAAUACAACGUAUGAAAGUAUUUCGACUUCUCAGCCUCACGUUGCAGUUUUUUUCUUAAAUAGAGUCGAAAGCUACAGACAACACAGAGAGAAAAUAAAUAUCCGCAUAAUUCCCAACGGCUCUACUCCUUCCAUCUUAUCUAUUUUUUAUAGAAUAUUUUUGGACCAAGCAGGCCCGCGCGAGACGGCUAUCAGUUUCAGUUGGUUGCAGGCGUAGAAGAACUCAGGAAGAUGUAUAUAGAGGACGUAGGAAAAUAAAUUUGAAUUUCUGUUUGUUAGUACAAUCGCGGCAGUUGGUGUGCGUAGUUGCGACUAUCUUGCAACUUACUACCAGCAGAACUACGAAUCUGAAGUUAUUGAAUAUCGGCCUCAAGAACAGUAGUACUACACGUCGGGAGGUCAGUUGUGCCUGGACGUCGUGCCAGGAUAGGAUAUAUUCUGGUUAGUUCGACGCACAAGAAGGUAGUCAGUAAUAUAUUCGUUUCCAUAAGGCUAAGAACAUAUCUAAAUUUCGGCUCUUCCGCUCGUUCGAACUUUUACUCGGACGCGAGUCGAGUCAGCGGGCGGCUGAUAUAGACACUUGAAGAAGGUGCUCCUGCCGGCGAGGCUGACCAGCGGUGGGGACUGCUACUUGCAUAACAAAUUUUUUAUCAGACAGUAGCUCGACGCAUAAUUAACAAAAGCAAUAGCUUCUGUAAAUGCUUUCUAGAAGGAUCAGCAAGCGGCUAUUUUUUCUUGCGGCUUUAUUUUACAGAGUAUAAUACCCUGUUUGUAUUGGUACGGAGUUGUCUCAAUUAUAUCAUUUUCAGCAAGCGGCUGUUUUUGGGCUUCUCCACGGCGAAAUGAAUAUGGUUUACACUCUCCUACUGAUAAAAAGUAGCAAGUGAAAAAAAAUCUCCAGAGCAGAGUUCUAGUGGGCAAGCGGCCCACUUCUGCGACAUUUUCAUCUAUACGGGGUCCUCUGUUUCUAGUAGUAAUUUUUUCGCUAUGAUGAUGAAUCCGAUGAUGUUGUCAGGAGCUAGUAAAAAAGGUGGAAAAUUGUUGUUUACUGCAAAUUAUUGCACGGUACCACAUCACGAAAGAGACUGCCAAAAAAAUUCUCUCGCACCCAGACUCGUCCACCGCCUGGAGAAGAAUCCUGUCAGAAUGGUACUUAAUAUCGUCACUGGACAAAAUAAAGUAGUACAACAAUUAGGGGUGAGAUAAAGAUAAUAUUCGACUUCAUUCACGUCGUUGUCUAUUGGAACUAGAAGCACAUCCACAACUAACUUCUCAAGCCCGCACAGGGCGAGCACAAUAAACUAACUGUAGAUGGUACAACUAGUAGUAAAUCUUUACCAGGAAAUAGAGGCCCCUGCGCCACGCAGGUCUAUGCGUUUUUGGCAACAUAGAAGCCGCGUCACGCUGACUGCUGGAACAAUCGGGACAGCUGUGUCUUUGGUAAUAAAUUAUGCCCUCGUAUCCUGUGCAAAAGUAUCGUACUCGUAUUGCAGUCAUGCAUUACAAAUCUUUUUCUUACGGUAAAUCCGCAUUACAAAUUUCAUUUCUCAUGCUUAGGAAGUAAUGCAUUUAUACGAGUGCGAUGCUUUUGCAGUUCAUACCUCGCUGUGUCUUUGGUACUAAUUAUUCUGAUAGAGAUUCCUUCUUUUCAGUUGCGUUUUUUUUUUGUCUAUUACCGCGAGGAUUUUCAUUUGGCAUGUCGAAUUUCAUCGCUUUUCUUGCUGGCAUAAAAAUGAUUCGGUAGUUUUGUCAAAUACAAGGUUUCAACAUCGAGUAGAGCAAUGAUUGAGGUAUUUGAAUACGCUCGUUGUUCCUUUUUAAAGCGUCAACCAAAAGAUAUCGCACCUGUUUCUAAUUUCAUCUAGGGCGCAAAGUGACAACAUUUUUGAUACCGCACUUGUAAAUCAGCUGCUCGUGAAUUUGCGAAGAUAAAAACUUGUUGUAUCUGUAGCCCGACAAUUACUGCGCCAUGUUUCAAGAAUUGAUCAGAAAUUCGACAAGCAAAUAUGCCCUUUGCACAAGAAGGACUAGUAUCUGUAGCUGAUAUCCCCUGCGGGUGCAGUCCAUAUAUUUCACCGGAAUACAACAACAGACCACGCUUUCAAAAAUAUGCUUGUAUGGGCACAAUUUGUAGUUGUUUCGAGGUCAACUAAUCGUAAUCCAAGAAGUAGAGUUUGAAUUCACUGGAAGUACAAUCGGACGAGAGGCUUCUACUAUGGUGGAAAUAAAAUACUAAAAAUAAUAUGAAUGUUUUUACUAUUCCGCCGAGGACUACAGCAGCUUGUGGCUGUGGUACAACAAGGCGUCGCUUAGAUGUUGGUCAGAUCGAACCACGAAAUAAUCUGAAAAAUUCUCGAAGAAAUAUAAGGCGAUGCAGUUGCGUAAAAAUAUUAAAUCUCGACGACGUGCUGUCAUAAUCUAGAACGUCGUCAGCGGGUCCGAUAAGUGAAUCCUCGACCUCCACCAAUGGGAGCUCGAGUACAUUGAUGUUCCAACGUUGGAACAGGAACAAGAACAACUUCUGCGGUUGUCCGCGACCUGAUGCAGAAAGAAGUACUAAACA